GGCUUGCUCACCGUCAUUUUGAAGACCGACAUGCAUUGCGAGGGGUGCGCCAAGAAAAUCAAACGAGCUGUUAAGAAUUUCCCAGGUGUUGAACAAGUGAAGACGGAGUGUGCAGCCAACAAAAUGACUGUGGACCCCGCUGGGCUGAAAGAGAAACUGGAACAGAAGAUCAAGAAGAAGGUAGAUCUCAUUUCUCCUCAGCCCAAAAAAGAUGGCGGUGGAGAUAAAAAGCCAGCUGCUGCAGAGGAAAAGGCUGAGAAGAAGACAGAAGAGAAAAAGCCGGCUGAGGAGAAAAAGCCCAAAGAGGCACCCAAAGAGAGCACUGUGGUCAUGAAGAUUAGAUUGCAUUGCGACGGGUGCAUGCAGAAGAUGAAGAGUAAAAUCUCCAAGUUCAAAGGUGUUAAUACGGUGAGUUUUGACGCACCCAAAGACAUUGUAACGGUGAAGGGCUUCAUGGACGCUAAAGAACUCGUCCCCUACCUCAGAGAGAAGUUCAGGAGGGCCGUCGAAGUGGUCCCACCCAAGAAAGAUGAUGGCGCCGCCGCUAAGCCAAAAGACGCCGCAGCCGGAGGCGAGAAGAAGGAGAAAGAAGCUGCCGCCGGUGGAGGCGAGAAGAAAGAAGUUGUCGCCGCCGCACCCGGCGGUGGAGCCCCCAAGGUGGAGGUGAACAAGAUGGAGUAUUCUGGGUACCCUUACCCUCCUCCCAGUUACUAUUGGUACGACGAAGGACACGUAUACAACCACAACAAGUUCGUCAUGGAGGCCCAAGCGCACCAGGCGCAUGUUAGCCAAGGCUCUUCGAGCCAUGGCUACGCUGUGCCGAUGGAACACUACCCUGCUCCCCAGAUGUUCAGCGACGAGAAUCCAAAUGGUUGUUCGGUGAUGUAGAGUGCUGAGCCGAUCGAACGGUAGUUGGCUGACGAAGAUAAAAUUAAAAAUUAAGUUUACGUUAAAUAGAGGGGCAAAAUCGGAAUUACAACAAAUUGUAAAUAAUAAGGGGCAAAGGUUAUAAGAGAAGUAAAUAUAAUUACCAGUAGGUAGUUAUGGAAUUUUGGUUUUAUUAAGUAGGGGAUGUAAUAGAGAUAGACCGACCGGCCGGGCGGCCAGCUGGUGGAACCGGUUCAGAUGUUGGUGGUUCAAUAUGAUUAAAGUUUCUGCUAAUUAAUUUUUUAUUUUGUAUUUUUAAAACGUUUACGUUUAUAUUAAUGAUGAUAUUAAAUCUUCCCUU